AACCCUAAUUUCUCGACGCAAACAUGAUUUUGAGAACUCCGCCGCCGAAGAGGCUCAGGUCCGACGCCGGUGAAAGCCCCGUCCCCACCAGCGCUACUGGUUCCGGCAAUCAGCUAAUCAUCUACGAAGAUUCUCCUCUUCUUGCUUCUGCUCCGCUACAAACUUCUCAUGAUCAUUCGGCGGAUCAACACCUUUGCACCUAUCAAUGCCGCCAAAUGGUUAAAGCUGAUGUUCUAGAUGCCUUAAGCACAGCAGAGAAACAAGUUGAGGAAUAUCAAACCAAAUUACAGACUCUUAAUGCCAACUUCACCGAAUCAGAUGCUGAGAGAAAGCAUUUUCGAGAUAAAUUCUUAUACUCAGAGCAAGAACUGGCUGCUGCUAAAGGGCGUGAGAAGAUGCUUCAGGAGCAGCUUCUUAUGGAGAUCAACAAUGCUCAAGAGCGGUAUACCAAAGAACUACAAUCUUGCCAUGAACUGGAGGUAAAACUUCAGAAUGAAAUGAACCUUCGAAAGAAAGCCGAGUCUUCUGCUGCAACAGCUGAAGAAAAAGCUAAACUUUUGGAGGAUAAACUAACUCAGCUAUCUGGAAGUGUGGACAGGGAGAAAAAACGUCUCAACAAUGAUAUUGCCCAAUUGGGUAAAGAGGCAAAGCUUUCUGUAUCUAGGAUUGGUGCAGAUCUUGAAAGGAUGCAAUGUCGGGCACACAAUGCUGAGACCGAAUCAAAUCUUUUAAGAUCACAGCUUGAGCAUCUUAAACUGAAAUUUGACGAGUGUUUGCAAGAAAAGACUGAAGUAGACAAGAAGCUGUCGUCAUUCAGUUCGGAGGCAGCAUCUUCUUCAGAUAACAGUGUAUUGGUUAAACAUCUUCAGGAGGAACUUAAACGCUAUGAAGCUGAAGUGCGAGAAGCUAGAAAAUUAAAAUCACGGCACUUAGAUGCAGAGUUGUUGAAUGUGAAAUUAUUAGAAGAACAAAGCCGUAGGGAGAGGGCAGAGUCAGAGUUAUCAAAAUUUAAUGACUUGCAGCUAAGCUUGGAGAAGUUGGAGAAUGAAUUGUCCUCUUGGAAGCCAUUGCUAAAUGACAUUCCUGGUGUUUCCUGUCCUGAUGACAUAGUUAUGAAAUUCUCAGCGCUACAGAAUGAGGUGGUUCAAAGCACUAUGAAGAUUGGGGAGGCAAGUACACGUAUUAAACAACUGGAGGAGGCUCUGGAGGCUACACAACUUGGCAGACAGAAUGCUGAAACCGAGGCUGCAUUAGCGAAAGAGAAAUCUGAGGCCCUCAAAACAGAUGUGAAGAGGAUCGAAGUAAUGCUCACUAUGGUCACGGAGGAGAAAGAGCAGUUGAAAGCUGUCGUUAAUGAAUUAAGGAAGUCAAACAGUGAAGGAUCUGCGUCUGGAGCCGUAAAUGGAACCCUUAUUCAGGGGUUUGAAUCUUCUCUUGCGAAGAAGGAGAACUAUAUUAAGGCUUUGGAGCAGGAUCUAAGUCAACUGAAGGAUGUCAAUAAUCGUCAACGUACUGAAAUAGAACUUCUAAAUGAGAAACUAGUCGAUGAAGCAAGGAGGAAUAAGUCGCUGGAAAGGGAUAGUGAUCGUCUUCGCUCCGAGAUCUCUUUACUGGAGUCAAAGCUGGGCCAUGGUGAUUUUUCUGCCGCAAAUACAAGGGUUUUGCGCAUGGUGAAUACUCUUGGUGUUGAAAACGAGGCAAAACAAACAAUAGAGGCUUUACAAGCUGAGUUACAGAAGGCAAAAGAAAGACUUCAAGCUGUUGAAGAAUUAAAGGGCCAGACUGGAGAUGCUGGGAAGCUAGUUGACUCUCAUAUAACUGGAAAGAUUGCUCAACUAAAAGAGCAAAUUGCUACACUUGAAAAACGUGAAGAGAGGUACAAAACUGUUUUCGCUGAUAGAAUUUCCGUGUUUAGAAGGGCUUGUUGUGAGCUUUUUGGUUAUAAGAUUGUAAUGGACGAACAUCAGCGUCCCAAUGGAAUCCCAGUGACUCGGUUUACUCUCCAGUCUAUAUAUGCUCAAAGUGAUGAUGAAAAACUCGAGUUUGAAUACGAGUCAGGAAACACCAGUAUUCUAAACAAUGAGUACGGCUCUCAGGGUGACAUAGCGAAGCAGAUAGAAAUAUUCAUCAGGAAGUUCAACUCGAUUCCAGCUUUUACCGCCAACUUAACAAUGGAAUCAUUCAACCGCCGCACGCUAUAUUGAGAAAUUUGAGUCCUUAUUUCCAUCCAUGUUUUGUAUAUUUCUAAAUCCUGCUGAAUAGAAACUGAAACUCAAAAGCCGCAGCUUAGAACACUGGACUUAUCUAUAUUUAUCUCUGGUUCGUUAUGUCUGCUAGAAUUGUGGUGUCAGUAACUCUAUUUUGGUAUGAAAGAAACUGGUUUGGAUUUUACUCAGAAAUAACAUAAAGAGUUAAUCAGUGU